AUGGCUGGACGCCAACAUCACAUAACUGAUGGGCUCCGCCACAUAGCUGGACGUCCCCGCCACAUGGCUGGACGUCCCUGCCACAUGGCUGGACGUCCCCGCCACAUGGCUGGACGUCCCCGCCACAUGGCUGGACGUCCCCGCCACAUGGCUGGGCGUCCCUGCCACAUGGCUGGGCGUCCCUGCCACAUGGCUGGACGUCCCUGCCACAUGGCUGGACGUCCCUGCCACAUGGCUGGACGUCCCUGCCACAUCGCUGGACGUCCCCGCCACAUGGCUGGGCGUCCCUGCCACAUGGCUGGACGUCCCUGCCACAUGGCUGGACGUCCCCGCCACAUGGCUGGACGUCUGGGCCAUAUGACAGGUGGACAGGGUCUCAGCUGA